AUGCUAGAAACAUCCGCUGGGGGUGACAGCGUCACCAAUGAUAGAGGUAGACAAUUUAAGAAAUGGGAGUCGGACUUUGAAGUCCCAUAUGGAUUUAAGAUAUACCCUCCAGCUCUCCCCACUUUUCCAAAAUCCGGCUCGCGACUGGAUUACUGCAUUGCUGAUAACAGAAUCGAAAUAACAAACUCACCUAAUGAAAAAAUUCCAGUUUUGGAGUAUGAUAGUGACCACAAUGCUCUCCUACUCUGCAUUAACACGAACACACUAUUCGAUGGUCUUGCGGCUCCUAUGGAAAGAUCAGUAAAGUACAACUACAAAAAGGCUAACUGGGAGAAAUUUAAGAGGCAUAUGAAUAAACAAUACAAAGAGGAAGAACAAGUCCCAGCUAACAGAAACCUAACAAUCACCGAAAUCGAUGAGCAUAUUAUAAAACUAGAAAAUCUCAUAACCACCUGUAUAAAUGACAUUAUUCCUAGGAUCGACCCUAAUAAAUGGAAAUACUAUGAAAAAUAUGAAAGCAACGCGAUUAAAAAACUCCACAACUAUAAGUCAUUCCUCCUAUCCAGACUUCAUUUUACCAGAUACAAAUCUCCUGCUGCCCACAGUAAGCAAGAAAUAACUAGAAUCAAAACUACAAUAAGACUUAUAAACAAGAAAUUAGCCAAAGAAUUUAAAAGGACCAUCACCGCUUAUUGGAAGGCCUUGAUAAAAAGCAUCAACUACAGAGACUCUCAUCAAUUCUUUCCAUUGAUCAAUAGAUUGCUCAGACCUAACAAAGCCAUCAAACUAAGUAACUUUAAAUUCGAUGUAAAUAGCAGCGCCUUUAGUAAGAAUUUGAGCGAAACUCAUCCUCAUUUAAUCAGCAAUAAUGAAAUUAUCAUCACAGAUCCUCUCACUAAAUUAGAGGUUAUUGGAAGCUAUUUAGAGAGCAUCAAUUCUCCUCGUUACACCAAUAUGGAUUCUGACAACAAAAUCAUGGCUGACUCGUCGACUGAUAUACUCUCAAGCACCAGAGCCAAAAUCCGACACUCUAAUCUAACUUUCACGGAAUUCACAGAAGAGAACAGUGCAUACAACCCUUCCCAGGAUAGGGAUAAUGGUAAUGGUCCUAAAUGCUUCUUCUCACAAUAUGAAAUACAGAUUAUUCUGAAAAUGCUCAAAAAUAAAACCUCUUCUGGACUAGACAACAUACCAGCUAUUGCCCUUAAACAUAUCCCGGACUCAGUAAUCAGAAGCUACACAAUCAUAUUCAACAACGCCAUAAACCAAGCCUACUACCCGAGACAACCUUUAAAAUCACCGAGGGCCUACAACAAGGAACUGUAA